CUGAACUUAAAAAUAAACGUAGUUGAAAGAAAUCAGAACAACCCUUCAUUCCGUCUCCGUCUUCACUGUCACCUCCAAAGCUUUCUUCACAAAAUCAACCGUCAAUUCAUUUUCAAAUCCUUUUACUCAGUUUUAUUCCUCGAGAAAAUGCCUAAAACCGAAGCGAAAAACGUGAAGAAAGAGGAUUCCGAAGAGGAGGUAGACGACGACGACCUGUGCAUAGCGUCGCUCGCGAAGCGCAAGAACAAAUCACCCAAAAAUAGCAAUGCCGCCUCGAAAUCGCCGGCUAAGGGUAGGAAGGAAGGGAAAAACGUGAAAAAAGAGGAGGAAGAUGAAGAUUUCGAGAAACCCUCUUCGAAGAAGGCGCCCAUAAAGGCCGACACUAAGGUUAAGGAGAUGAAGAAGAAGGCCAAGAAGGAAGAAGAGGGGGAGGAAGAAGAAGAAAAGCCGCAGAAAAUAACGAAGAAAAGAGGUAAAGCUGGUGAGAAUAAGACUGUUCAAAAAAGAGAGAGAAAGGUGUUUGAUUUACCAGGUCAAAAGAGGGAUACUCCUGAGGCUAGAGACCCAUUGAGGAUUUUCUACGAGUCACUUUACAAGCAAGUGCCUGAUAGUGAGAUGGCUGCGAUAUGGAUGAUGGAGUCCGGUUUGCUUCCAAAAGACGUGGCCAAAAAAGUCUUGGAUAGGAAAGUCAAAAAAGCAAAGGAGCAACGGCUGAGCUCGCCCAUGAAAACUGUUGUUACCGUCAAGAAAAAAUCCGACUCCACCACUGUUGUGAAGAAGUCAGCAAAUUCCCCAGUUUCUACCACACAGAAAAAAAAGACACCUCCUUCCAAAGCAAAAUCUCAGCCAUCCAAAAAACGUAAGAGCAAGGAUGAUGAGUCAUCAGAUGAGGAUACGGAUGAUGACUUUGUUGAUACAAAAAGCUCGAAAAAGAGGAGGAUGUCUUAGCUGCAUGUUUUCUAAGUAUGUGGUUUUUGUUGGUUAUUAAGUUUGUUCUCUUGUCUGCUGGAGUUUUUGAGACGUAAAACUAAGUUUAGUAGAGUUAAAUCUUUAGUUGAACGACGUUUAUUUAUUGAUCUUUUCCUGUUCCUGGUGUUUUUCUUGCAUUUAUGUCCCCCUUUUUUUCCUUUUCUGAAGCUGGGUCUGAGUUUGGACUUUGAAGGUAUGAAUUUGUGAUUAAUGUUAGUAUUCAGAAUCUUGAUUCGUCUAAGUUUUGUUUGAUUAGUGUACACUGGACGAAUUCCAGUAUGUGAUUGAGUUGUUAACGAUAUACU